GGAUGUACAGGACGUUGAGAAAAAGAUGGUCUCUACUAUGCAGAUAUUAUCCUGGAUGAUUUCGUAUGGGGGCAGCACCGUCUUAGUUGUUGCAGAAUACACUUUACCGUUCGAUAUUAAGAUUUUGGAGUCGCAUUUUGUUAAGUAUUAUAAGAAAAAUAUGAGUUAUCAUCGUGGAGGUGGUAACAAGCCUAAAGGCUUUGGGUUUGCUGGCUUCCAAAUGAGCAGCACAAAAAGGAGCGGUUCUAACAUACCACCGCCUCCUCCUAAUUCCACUUUAAGUAAACAAGGAUAUCAUACUAUGAAUUCUAUCACCGAGAAUGCCUUAUCUGCAUGUUGGGGCAUGCCAAAGAAACGUAGUAAAACCGAAGAAGAGUACUUUGAGGAUGACGAUGAUCCUCCAGCAUCUUCCUUGGAAUACAUCCCAGCACCUGGAUCUCCAACUUAUGAGUUGAUGAAAAAAUCAACUCCUAAGCAAGACAGUGAUAGCGAAGAAGAUCCACUGGAUGCCUUUAUGGCUGGUAUCGAUGCAGAAGUGAAGAGAAACACUUUUGAAGCUCAACUGGCAGAGGAUGAGCGAAAAGAAGAUAAGCCCAAGGGCUUUAGAGCAGACAUUGAUGGAGAAGAUGAUGAAGAAAGUUACUACAGGUACAUGGAGGAGAACCCAACUGCUGGUUUACAACAAGAAGAGUCUGAUCAGGAGAUCGAGUAUGACGAAGAUGGGAACCCUAUCGCGCCACCAAAGAAGAAAGAGAUCGAUCCUCUGCCGCCGAUCGAUCACAGCGAAAUACAAUACGAACCGUUUGAGAAAAACUUUUAUAAUGUUCACGAAGAAAUCGCUAGUUUAAAUAAACAACAAAUCGACGACUUGAGAAAAACGUUAGGGAUUAAAGUAUCUGGUCCAUCUCCGCCGAACCCGGUUACCAGUUUCGGCCAUUUCGGUUUCGACGAUGCGUUGAUAAAAUCCAUCAGGAAAAACGAAUACACACAACCUACCCCUAUCCAAGCUCAAGCUGUACCUGCCGCGUUGAAUGGUAGGGAUAUAAUAGGUAUAGCAAAAACUGGUAGCGGUAAAACAGCAGCUUUCAUCUGGCCGAUGUUGGUUCACAUUAUGGAUCAGCGAGAAUUAAAGCCAGGCGACGGACCCAUCGGUCUGAUUCUGGCCCCAACAAGAGAAUUGUCUCAACAGAUUUAUCAAGAAGCAAGAAAAUUUGGAAAAGUAUACAACAUUCAAGUGUGUUGCUGUUAUGGUGGUGGUAGCAAAUGGGAACAGAGUAAAGCAUUGGAGGGAGGCGCGGAAAUUGUAGUUGCAACGCCGGGUAGAAUGAUUGAUUUAGUUAAAAUGAAGGCAACAAAUUUGAGCAGAGUGACGUUUCUGGUGUUAGACGAAGCUGACAGGAUGUUUGACAUGGGUUUUGAGCCGCAAGUACGUUCUAUAUGUAACCACGUGAGACCGGACAGGCAAACGUUGUUGUUCAGUGCAACUUUCAAAAAGAGGGUGGAAAAGCUCGCAAGGGACGUUUUAACGGACCCUAUCAGGAUAGUUCAAGGGGAUGUCGGUGAAGCGAACGCAGACGUCACCCAGCACGUGAUAGUCUUCAACAAUAAUCCAACCGGGAAAUGGACUUGGUUGUUGCAAAAUUUGGUCGAGUUUUUGAGUGCUGGUAGUUUGCUGAUCUUCGUAACCAAAAAGCUCAAUGCAGAAGAACUCGCGAACAAUCUUAAAUUGAAAGAAUUCGAUGUUUUGCUCUUACACGGCGACAUGGAUCAAAUCGAAAGGAACAAAGUAAUUACGGCAUUCAAGAGAAAGGAUGUCAGUACUUUGGUCGCCACUGAUGUCGCUGCUCGGGGUUUGGACAUUCCACAUAUCAAGACAGUCGUCAAUUACGACGUCGCAAGAGACAUUGACACCCACACGCACAGAAUAGGUAGAACAGGACGAGCUGGAGAGAAGGGUACUGCGUAUACUCUCGUCACAGAGAAAGAUAAAGAAUUCGCUGGACAUCUAGUCCGAAAUUUGGAAGGAGCGAAUCAAGAGGUACCAAAGAGUUUGCUAGAUUUGGCAAUGCAAAGCGCUUGGUUCCGAAAGUCCAGGUUCAAAGGUGGAAAAGGGAAAAGCUUAAACGUUGGAGGUGCCGGACUUGGUUUCAGAGGAAGGCCGGAAGUAUCUUCAACCUCGAGUGGCAGUACUUCGUCUCAGGGAUCAAAAGACAUCAGCGAGGUUGUGAAGAAAUUGGAGAGACACGGAUCAGGUAGCGAUCGGUUGUCCGCGAUGAAAGCCGCGUUCCGUAGUCAAUACAACACCCAGUUCCGAGCAUCAUCGGACCAUACGUGGGAACAAACCAUAACGCCGCCUUCCGUGAUAAUGCCCCCGCCACCCCCUAUGCCGCCUAAACCAAAUAUGCAGCAACCACAGAAUCAAGAUAACCAAGCCUCGAACAUCGCCGGAGAAAAGAAAAGAGUGAGAAAAAGUCGAUGGGAAUAAUCGAGUGAUUGCGAAUCUGCGAUUAUUUUGUGUAUAUUAUUAUACAGCGAUGAUAUGCAAUGGAUCGAUGAUGCCGAAUUGUUUUAUAUUAUAAUAAAAUUUAAUUUUACCAA